GCUAGCUUCUCACAAAAACCAAACACAGAAACAAAGCAAGUGUUCUAGAGUGAUUAAACCAAGCAAGUAUGCCUAAGGAGUCGGUUUCUCAUAUGCUCACACAAGCAAAGCCAUUUGUGGCUGUGAUUUUUUUGCAAUUUGGGUUAGCCGGAAUGUCCAUAAUUACAAAGUUUGCUCUAAACCAAGGGAUGAGCCAACAUGUCUUAGUUGUCUAUAGGAAUGUUGUUGCCUUUGUUUUAAUAGCUCCUUUUGCCCUUGUCUUUGAUAGGAAAAUAAGGCCAAAGAUGACCCUUUCAGUCUUUGUCAAGAUUGUGUUACUCGGCCUACUAGAGCCUGUAAUCGAUGGGAACUUGUAUUAUACUGGGAUGAAGCUAACAACAGCAACAUUUACAACUGCCAUGAGCAAUGUUCUUCCUGCCUUUGCAUUCAUAAUGGCUUGGAUUUUCAGGCUUGAGAUGGUUGAUAUAAGAAAGCUGCACAGCCAGGCAAAGAUACUGGGAACCAUAGUGACAGUGGGAGGAGCGAUGCUUAUGACUCUAGUCAAUGGACCCAUGUUGACUCUUCCAUGGACAAGAAGCAUCAGCCAACAUCAAUCUACAAGUUCCACAGCAAGCCAACAUCCCAUAAUAGGCGCUCUCAUGAUUACAGCUGGAUGCUUCUGCUGGGCCAGUUUCAUCAUUCUUCAAGCAAUUACUCUAAAAGCAUACCCUGCUGAGCUCUCCCUAACAGCUGGAAUUUGCUUAAUGGGCGCCUUGCAAGGUUCUGUGGCAGCUCUAGCUUUCGAAUGGCAUAACCCUGCCGCUUGGACCAUACACUUGGAUUAUAAGUUGUUAACUUAUGUUUAUGGUGGAAUAAUAUGUUCUGGAGUGGGUUAUUAUAUUCAAGGCAUAGCAAUGAAGGAAAGGGGACCUGUUUUUGUGACUGCAUUUAAUCCCCUCUCCAUGGUCAUUGUAGCAAUUUUGAGCUCCAUCGCCUUGUCUGAAAUACUGUACUUGGGAAGGGUAAUGGGAGCAAUGGUUAUAAUAAUUGGCCUGUAUAUGGUUCUUUGGGGUAAAAGUAAGGAUCAUCUUCCACGACCAGAAUCAGAAGCAGCUGAAGAUAAAGUUGCUACAACAGUUUAACAAAAACUCAUUCAAUGAGAGGAUGUCUACUGAGUCACUAACAUGAGAUAAAAACUUUUCUGGCCGUUGAUGUUAGUAUAACCUGUACGUGGAAGAAUUUGAAUUUUUUACUAUGCAACGAAAAUAUAUAGUAACUAGAUAAGUUCACUCUUU